AUGAAGAUUUUGACUGAGAGAUGUUAUGCUUUUAUUAUAACUGCUGAAAGAGAAAUUGUUAGAGACAUCAAGGAGAAGCUCUGCCAUGUCGCUCUUGACUUCAACGAAGAAAUAGAAAAGGCUGCCCCAUCAUCAGAAUACGAGAAGUCAUACGAACUUCCAGAAGGGUCAACACCACUAGCCAUCAUUCCUUGUUAUGGAAGCAUCUGGUAUCCACGAGACAACUUACAACUCAAUCAUGAAGUGCAAUGUCGACAUCAGAAAGAACUUGUACGGAAACAUCGUCUUGUCUGGUGGAAAAUCAAUCAAAAAAUCAACGACAAACAUGAAAAUGAGAAAGUUGUAAAUAAAAAACGAAUAAGCUUAAUCAAGGCUGUUCGUGCUUGGCUUAAUUUAAUUAUAUUCAUAUUGUUAUAUUAUUCAGAGGUUGAUUAUUAUACAGUGGGUUUUUAUCGUAAUAUUUUGAUUCCUCGAAGGGUUAACAGGUAA